AUGGUCAACAUCAGCGAAGUCAAGGGCACUUCGCGCGAAAACCGCACCGCGGCGCAUACACAUAUCAAGGGAUUGGGCCUGCGCUCCGACGGGACUGCUGAGACUUCUGGAAAUGGUUUCGUCGGCCAAGUUGCUGCCCGCGAGGCUUGCGGCGUGGUUGUCGAUCUCAUUAAAGCCAAAAAGAUGUCUGGGAGAGCAGUGUUAUUGGCGGGAGGGCCAGGUACUGGGAAAACGGCUUUGGCGUUAGCGGUAUCUCAAGAACUAGGGACCAAGGUGCCUUUCUGUCCCAUUGUGGGCAGCGAAGUGUAUUCCACAGAGGUCAAGAAGACAGAGGCGUUGAUGGAAAAUUUCAGAAGGGCAAUAGGGCUUCGAGUGCGCGAAACGAAAGAAGUCUACGAAGGCGAAGUCACAGAACUCAUCCCCGAGGAAUCAGAGAAUCCCCUGGGAGGAUUCGGGCGCACUAUUUCUCAUCUCAUCAUCACCCUGAAAUCCGCGAAAGGCACAAAGAAACUGAGGCUCGAUCCCAGCAUCUACGAGGCCAUUCAGAAAGAGAGGGUCAUGGUCGGUGACGUCGUCUACAUCGAGGCAAAUACAGGCGCCUGUAAGAGAGUUGGACGAUCAGACGCCUACGCUACAGAAUUCGAUCUAGAGGCGGAAGAAUACGUGCCCAUACCCAAGGGAGAGGUGCAUAAGAAGAAGGAAGUCGUGCAAGACGUGACGCUGCACGAUCUGGACAUUGCCAAUGCCAGACCUCAGGGUGGCCAGGAUGUUAUGAGCAUGAUGGGCCAACUGAUGAAGCCCAAAAAGACGGAAAUCACAGACAAGCUAAGAGCCGAGAUCAACAAGGUCGUCAGCAGAUACAUUGACCAGGGUGUGGCCGAGCUGGUUCCCGGUGUACUGUUCAUCGACGAGGUCCACAUGCUCGACAUUGAAUGCUUUACAUAUCUGAAUCGUGCUCUCGAGUCGCCCAUCUCCCCAAUUGUCAUCCUGGCCUCAAACCGGGGAAACACCAUCAUUCGCGGCACCCAAGACAUCAAAGGCGCACACGGCGUGCCGCCCGAUCUUCUAGCCCGUUUGCUCAUCAUUCCCACACAUCCAUACAGCGCGUCCGAAAUCCAAACCAUCAUCCGUCUACGCGCAAAGACGGAAGGCCUGUCCAUAUCCGACGCGGCCAUUGAGAAACUCGCCCAGCAUGGCACGAACGUGUCGUUACGCUACGCACUGCAGCUGUUGACCCCCAGCAGCAUAUUGGCCAAGGUCAACGGGAGACAGGAGAUCGCGCCCGAGGACAUUGCUGAGUGCGAGGAUCUCUUCAUUGACGGCAGGCGAAGCGCAAAGAUUGUGGAGGCAUCUGCUGGAUCAUUCAUCAGUUGA